GUGGGGCGCAUGCGCUUGCUACUUUCUAAUGUCAUUCAUAUGUCAUCUUCCAAAAAGUAAGGUUAGAUCGAUUAAAUAAUUUCGUUUGUAUUUUUUAGCCAAUUCCUUGAUAAACAAGAAUGGGAAACGUGAGUGAAAAAGUUGAAGCGGCUUCUACGCAACAAACGGGGACUAAAGAAGAACCAAAAAAACUGAAACCAUGCUGUGCAUGUCCCGAAACGAAAAAGGUGCGAGACGCUUGCAUUAUUGAAAAUGGGGAGGAGAAUUGCAAACAUUUAAUAGAGGCACACAAGGAGUGCAUGAGAAAGGCCGGAUUUAAUAUUUAAGAUUGUAGUUUUGUGUAAAUAGUCAUAAUUCUCCUGUUAGUGUGAUAUUAAGUUAUUUGAUGUUAAUAAAAAAGCGUUAGGUA